AAUUCUUGUCGAGUUUUGCUUUAGGCUCAGAGUGCGCUGCACAGUCUUUGAAAAAUCAUGCGUUUUGUGACCGUUGCGAUCGUCAUUUUUGUGGCAGCUGCCGCCACCGAAGCCGCCCCCAAACCGGCCGGUCUUUCAGGAUACAGCCGGCGGCAAUGGAGCCGGUUGUUUGGGCGGAGCGUUGACCCGAUCGACGGCGAUUUGAUUGGCCGUAGCGUCGAUCCGAUCGACGGCGAUUUGAUCGGGCGGAGCGUCGAUCCAAUCGACGGUGAUUUGAUUGGCCGAAGCCUCGACCGGAUUGGCGGAGGGAAUCUCGUAGGGCGGAGCGUCGAUCCCAUCGAUGGCGAUUUGAUUGGGCGCAGCGUCGAUCCCAUCGACGGUGAUGACUUGAUUGGUCGCAGUCUCGACCGCAUUGGUGGAGGGAAUCUCGUAGGGCGGAGCGUGGACCCCAUCGACGGCGAUUUGAUUGGCAGGAGUCUGGACGGGAUAGGCGGAGGGAACCUCGUAGGGCGGGGCGUCGAUCCCAUCGACGGCGAUCUGAUUGGCCGAUCGCUUGAUAUUAAACGCCUACUAGACGGAUACAGACGAAAACACAAUGCUUACGAGGAGGUGAUUGGGCAAAAAACUAUCCGAAAUUUCGGAGUUUUGCAACUUGGAGGGGGCUAUGGAGUGGCUAAGCGGUUCGCACAACCGGGUAAAUAUGAUACUAAAACAGAAAAACAUCGAAGGGGACCUCUCAAUGGUUUGAUUCCGGGCGGGGCUUUCGGUCGAGCAGCCCGGAGUUGUCUCAAGACCAACUGUUUGCGACUACUCAAAGGCCAAAUGGACGCAAAAAUACAUCCAUAUUUUUCUUUUGACAGCGAUAGACAAGCAACGAAGCCUGGCAUUUACAAGACCUAUCAAUUAUUGGAAAUGGAGUAAUUUGACUUUUUGUUGGACUUGUGUAGCUAGAUGUGUUGUUAAAUAAAACACUAAUUAAUUAAAA